AUGAUUCAGGCCUCCCCGCCGAGUAAUGCAGGAAGCCAGGCUGCUCUCCAGCAGCUCGAGUCGCAGAAUACCCCGUCGGCCCUUCCUGGCUAUACGCCACAAUCACAGCAGCUGCAGCAGCAGUCACAGGUCAUGACCAUGACGGACUCUCCUCCUCCCCAAUACCAUCCUCCCAGCGCGGAGCAGGCAAACUCCAAUGACAUGGAGGUCGACAGCGUCGGCAGUGACACUCGCUCGAGACGCGGUACCAGUGUCAUCUCUAUGGACGAUAUCGAGGCCGCUCAGGCCCUGGAAGGACUACGCUCAGAAUAUACACAUACUCCUGUCCCGUCAAGGACUCCCAAUAAUUCCGCCUCUCAAGCUCCGGAAUCAACAGAGCCGGAGCCGUUGCUGUCCCUGAUCACAUCACACCCGUUGCUAUCUUCCGCCAUUAAUAGUUCCAUGUCGGUCUACACAUCAUCCAAAACAUACUCUCCCAAGUUUAAAUACGGAGCCGAGUUCAUUGAGCGGAACAUUGGCCCCCAAGUCCUGAACACCGUGGGCUCGGUUGGCAGACGGACCGGGGUUGAAGGUGGCCUCCGCUGGGCCCUCCAGCGAAGAGAGAGCGUUAACAACAGUUCUAAACCCAAUGCCAAUUCCAGCUCCGGCAGCAGCAAUAAUCAAGCUGUUGAGACUGCAGAUAUUGAGAAAGGCAUGCACGAUCUCCGGACUAGCCAUUCAAGACGGUCAUCAACCCUUUCGUCCGAACCCCUACCACCUUAUGAUAAUGUUUCUUCCCCGAAAUAUGAUGAACUGUACAAGGGAAAUCAACAGCCCCAGCAGCAGUCUCAGACACAGUACUCCUGGCAAAACCGACUCAUGAUAUCCACCUCGGGUCUCGGAGUAGCGAUGAGCGAAGAGUCGCUGAGAAGCCUGACAUAUUGUCUCACCUGGCUGCAGUGGGCAAAUACACGAAUUGGGACGUCCGUGGGCAGUCUGAAGGAAGCUCUCAGAGAAUGGGACUCUACCAACCAGUCGAAUACGGAAAACAAGGCGAGUGAAGAAGGUACCCAGCAGCAGAGUCCAGCUGUACUCUCACAGCAAAUCCAGCAGGUUAAAGGAGACGUCCUGCAGACGCUAAAAAUGGUUGUCGACGUUGUGUCCAAGUACGCUGGCGGAGCCCUGCCAGAGAACGCCCGCAACCUCGUCCGAAGGCACCUCACAUCCCUCCCCCAGCGGUUCCGUAUCGCGUUCAACUCCAACGUACCCGCAGACGGCUCUGCACCUGAAUCCGAAAUGAGAACCAGAGCUUUCCGCGUCCUUGUACUGGCUGAAGAAGGCCUUGAUAUGAUGGGCCAAGUCAGCAAGGUCGUAAAUGAUACCUUGGUCAGCGCCGAAAACUGGUGUGAUACACUCCGACGACCGAAGCCAUCCGCCAGUAUUAACAACAACAAUACCAACACCAACACCCAAAAUAUGCCACAGCCUCCUCCUUUUGAAGGUGACUUGGACCGCAAGGUUCCUAUUCCCAUGCCAGCUCAACGGGAAGACGUGGAGAUGGACGGAUGA